CCAGGCACGACAGUGGGCUCUGAGUCAAUUGGCACGACAGCGGGCACCGGGCCAUCAGGUACCGGAUCGUCUGGAUCGACAGCGGGCACCGGGUCAUCUGGCGUUGGAUCGUCUUGCUCGACAGCGGGCAUCGGGUCACCUGGCAUGACAGCGGGCACUGGGUCACCAGGCAUCAGGUCAUUUGGCUCGCCAGCGGGCACCGUGUCAUCUGGCAAGGCAGUGGGCACCGAGUCACCAGGCACGACAGUGGGCUCCAAGUCAACUGGCAUGACGCGGGGCACUGGGUCAGACAUUGGAUCGUCUGGCCCGACAGCGGGCAUCGGGUCACCAGGCAUGACAGCGGGCACUGGGUCAUCAGGCACCGGAUCGUCUGGAUCGACAGCGGGCAUCGAGUCAACUAGCCUAAUGGAAUCAUCAGGCUGGAUCAGCUGGGUGGAGGCAUCAGGCUGAUGAAUUGUGGGCGCCGAGGCACC